AGUUCAUGAAGUCGGGGUGAGGGCGUUAGAGGCUGGAGGGAGGGGCUCCCUAGAAGGAAACUGACCCCCCCCCAGCAGGGAGAGGAGCGAGGUGGGGGGUCACCACCACCAUUUCAGAGGUGGGCUGGGGCGGGCUGGACUACCUUGGAGGGACCAGGCUAGAGCUCCCCAACCAGCCAGACAGGGAGUGCAGCAUACAGGAAAGAGGCUGGUGGCAGAGGAAGACUGGGAGUGGAGCCCCUCUGUCAACCCCCUCCCAAAGGUUAUGACAUUUUUUUCUGAGAUUGUCACUUUUCUUAUUCUUUUUUUGGACUGGCCAGGCUUGGGGACGUUCUUUUUCCUUCUGUGGAACAGAGCAGCAGCCACUCCAGGGAGCCUCUGUCCCCAGAGACCAGACUUGCUACUGGUCUGGCCACUCCCCUCCCAGACUUAGGGGCCAAAGCCUGGGGGGCUGGAGAAGGGGGAGGAGUCCCCUAGUACCAGAGAAGAGUAGGAUUGAGUUAGACUCUGUAUCUCCAGGAGAGAAAGAAGGGUGGCCCAGGGCACCCUUGGGUAUUCUGGGGACAUGGGUGGCCCCAACUGACCUGAGAAGGGUCCAGGGAGCCAGGUCCAGGGCCUGCAACUGGAAAGAAGGGGCUAGCUCCCAUAGUAGGCACCAAACUUGGCCCCUAGCACACAGCCCCAAACCCCUGGACAGGUCCUCUCCUCUGUUGAGAGACUAGCUGGGGAUAGCUGCCCAGGAGGGUCAGUCCCUAAAGCACCAGAGUGUGAAUCCCUAGUGGAGGUGGAGACAAGGAAGCCACUGCCUGGGGAGUCACAGCCCAACACUAACCAGACCUCAGGCUGGCACGCCCCCUCCUGUCCCUAAAUACUUGACCCCUAAAGAAAAGCCCAGCCUCAGGGCUACUUUCUGUCUCCCCAUCUUCUUGCUGGAAACCUGUGAGACCCACAGAUCUCAGAGGAAGUUGGGCAGGUUAUGAGGGGCCAAGACCCCAGGGGACACUGUACUGGCCCCCAGAUUUGGGUCAGGUCAGUGGCCUCUGCAUGCCCAGACCCCAGGGGCAGUGAGUGCCCUAAGUAUCCAAAACUACAAGCUAGGAGUGGUUUGGUAGGGAACAUGAAGAUUAAAUGAGAAAAUGAAGUAGAACCAGAUCAUGAGCCUCUGGCUGCUGAAAAGGGUGGUGGGACUCAGCCCCCAUAGCUAGUGGUUAGGGCAUCAGCCACAUAUACUGAGGCUGGCUGGUUCGAACCUGGCCUGGACCUGCUAAACAACAAUGACAACUACAAAAAAAAAUAUCUGGGUGUUGUGGCGGGUGCCUAUAGUCCCAGCUACUUGGGAGGUUGAGGCAAGAGAAUCACUUAAGCCCAAGAGUUUGAGGUUGCUGUGAGCUGUAAUGCCACAGCACUCUACCAAGGGUGACAUAGUGAGACUCUAUCACAAAAAAGAAAGAAAAGAAAAGGGUGGUGGAUGUGUCUACAAGAAGGCCUCCCUGGGCUGUGGUGGGCUCAAGUGGUGCACCUCCACUGCACAAGGGGUAGCCAAAUGCUGGGAAGGAUGUGCACCACCCAGGGCUCAGAGCAGGUGACGAGAGCAAGGCCAGGGCACCUGCCUGUUUCUCUGCUGGUGCUUGCUCCUACACUGUGUGCUGGGGUCUUGCGCAGCCUGGAGGCAGUGGGCAGAGAGGGCAGGAAACCCUGGGUGCUAGCAGGGGGCUAAGGAAGUGCCACAAGCAAAGAACCAUGUUCCCUUGGGGCACAUGUCCCUCACACCCUCAGGAAGUCCUGCCCUAAUUCUCACUGAAUUCCUCAAUGCUCCAGCCCUAGUCUGCUGCCCCUGGCUGAGUCCGAGAUGAAUAGGUCAGAGUCCACUGUGGCCCACGCUCAGACCUGGACUCUUGGUGGGAAACAGCUGUACCCACCUUCCUUCCCCAGAGUCUCUGGGCAGAAACACCCUGGAGGACAUCUGGCUGCCACCCCCAUGCACCAGCCCCUUUGGGAGGGGUCAGGAGCCGGAAACCAAGAAAGAGGAACCCAGGCUUCCGGCUUCCCAGGGACUAGGCAGAUGGGGGGUGUCCCAGAAACCCUUAUGGGGAGCCUCAUCUGGCAUGGGGGGAGGGGCCAGAUGCUGCUGCAGCCACCUCCUCCCUAACCCUGUUCCCCUAACAGCCCUGGUGGGGGUCAGGGUAGGAACAGAGGCUGGGCAGAGCUGGGUCUAGGUGGGGUAGGCAGGAGCAGGCCCCUCCCCCCUGGUUCUGAGGAGGAAGGAGGACCAGAUACCCUCUUGAGACCCCUCCCAGGGGACAGAUGGGGGCUAGGGUCAAAGGUUCUCAGUCAGAACCUUGGGCCCUUUUCCCAGACCCCCAGGCUGUGGUGAGGGUCCGGGAGCUGGCACCACGGAGCCUGGGCAACCUCCUCUGCCCACCCAUGCCCACCCCGCAUGAGGCUGAGAAACAGCACACAGGGCCCGAGGAGGCAGACCGGCCCCCCUCAAUGACUAGCCAUGAUGUGGCCCCCCAGGUGGCCCCUGGCCGCAACCCCUGCUGCCUGUGCUGGUGUUGCUGCUGCAGCUGCUCCUGGAAUGAAGAGCGGCGGCGAGUGUGGCAGGCCUCCCGGGAGAGCAAGCUGCAGCCCCUCCCCAGCUGUGAAGUGUGUGCCACACCGAGCCCUGAGGAGGUACAGAGCUGGGCCCAGUCCUUCGACAAGCUGAUGCACAGUUCAGCAGGGCGCAGUGUGUUCCGGGCCUUCCUGCGCACAGAGUAUAGUGAGGAAAACAUGCUCUUCUGGCUGGCGUGCGAGGAUCUGAAAGCCGAGGCCAACCAGCAUGUGGUGGACGAGAAGGCACGGCUCAUCUACGAGGACUACGUAUCCAUCCUGUCCCCCAAGGAGGUGAGCCUGGACUCCCGCGUGCGGGAGGGCAUCAACAAGAAGAUGCAGGAGCCAUCCGCGCACACGUUUGACGAUGCGCAGCUGCAGAUCUACACACUUAUGCACCGGGAUUCCUACCCUCGCUUCCUCAGCUCUCCCACCUACCGUGCCCUGCUGCUCCGGGGAGCCUCACAGUCUUCCUCCGAGUCCUAGGUGGCCCCUGUGACAGACACUAGGCCCCUUAGGGGCAGACUCUGAGCUACUCCAUGUGUGCGUGCCAGUGGGGGUAUCAGGGCACACCAAGGGGCAGUCCCAGCCCCAGAGGGAAACACUGCAUCCCCUGGCUCUGCCCUCAGCCCAGUGGGAGCUUCAGGUGCAAGGUGGCCAGAAGUUCCUCAAGGCUGCUCAGUGCCCUGCAUGUUGGGAGGGGCUUCAUGGGAAGGCUCAACCUGCAAGCCUCAUGGGCACCUCUGUCCCACACAGCUGGCAGCAAAGAUUUUGCCUUUCUUUGGUGCAGAGCAGGACCUUCACGUUACCCAGUUUUGUAACAUGAGCCCUCUGCACCCCAGAGUCAGACCCAGAACUUCAGAACCAGAUGUGAAACCUCAUAAUCAGGCUCAAGGUGACAGGACCCAAUUUCUACAAGUAUUUUAUAUGUUCAUGAACUUCAAACCUGGAAAUAUGUCCUUACUGUGUUUUAGCAAAAAAAAGAA